AUGGGCGUAUUUACCAAGUUUCGAUACUUUAAUCGUCGACUCACCUUGUCGUGUGUGCUUAUUGCUGUAUCAACUUUUAACUAUGGCUUCGACAAUCAAGCUUUCGCCACCACCCAGGCGAUGGAUGCGUUUGACAAACAAUUCGGUGUUUGGAAUGAAGUAACUAAGACAUAUAUUCUUGAGCCAUCUUGGCUUUCGUUAUUCAAUAGCUUGAAUUACAUUGGCUUCGCAGCUGGUGUUCUCAUUGGGACUUGGAUUUCUUCGCGAUGGGGCCGACGUUGGUGUAUGUUUAUCAUGAGUGUAUAUGCUCUUGGUACGGCUACCAUCGCCGUGACUUCUUUCCAUAGAGAGCAGAUUAUGGCAGCCCGGAUUCUCAAUUACGUCUACGUUGGCAUGGAGCUUGGUGUUGUUCCAACGUUCCAAUCAGAAAUUGUCCCGGCUCAAGCUCGCGGGUUCAUGGUCGGGUCGUACCAACUUAGUUUGGCAGUUGGCGGUCUAGUCAUUAACAGUAUCUGCUUUGGGACGAGUUCCAUCCCUGACAACCGCGCCUGGCGCAUUCCACUCGGAAUGUUCUACAUUGUUCCAUCAAUCGUCGCCGCAUGCAUUUGGUUCGUUCCAGAAUCACCUCGUUGGCUGCUUCGACAGAACAGAUUGGAAGAUGCGCGUAACAGUCUGGUCGAAAUUCGCCAAGGUGCUUUCACAGACGAUGAAAUUGAUGCUGAGUUCCAGGAGCUUCAGAUAUCUUUGGAGCAAGACCCAGAGCAGGGUCAAUUUGUUGAGCUCUUUCGAGGGCUCAACGUGAAACGAACUCUCAUUGUUAUUGUGAUUAACUUCUUUCAGCAGUCCAGCGGCCAGGCGUUUGUAUCUCAAUAUGGUGCGGUCUACGUUAAGACUCUAGGGACUAUCAAUCCAUUUGGAUUUAGCUUAAUCACUUCAGCCAUCAACAUCGUCACAAUUACUUGCAUUCUUCUUUGGGCCGAUAUCGUUGGGCGACGAGUUCUUUUGAUCGCAUCAUCUUGUACCAUGUUUGCCGCCAUGAUCACCAUGGGAGGGCUUGGUAUCGAGUCUCCUGUUGAUGAUGCGAGAAAGACUGGCGUGAUAGCCAUGAUGGCUAUCUUCGCCUGCGGAUUCUCACUCGGGUGGGCACCACUAGUCUAUGUGGUUACUACUGAAGUCUCUGCUCUCCGUCUUCGAGAUCUUACUUCUCGUGUUGGCUUCACAACCAAUGUUAUCAUGAAUUUCACCGUCAACUUCAGCAUCCCAUACCUCACCUUCGAUAAGUACACCGGCCUCAACAGCAAAGUCGGUUUCAUCUUUGGAGGGAUGAUGGCUCUAGCCAUUGUCUUCGUCUACCUUUGCGUACCGGAAUGUAAGGGUAAGACUCUAGAACAAGUAGAUUUUCUAUUCAAUCAAGGCAUACCUGUAAGAGACUUUGGAAAGGUGGAUGCUGCCGAGUUAAUGCGCUCGGUACAGGGAGAGGACAACUUGUCAAAGGUGCAUUCUGGUCAUGACAAGGCCGCUACUGUAGCAGCAGAAAACCGCGUGUAG